AUGGCAGCGCUUGGUGCUCGGUUGGAGAGAAAAAAGAAAAUGAAGGGAAAGAAGAAGGUGAAAAAUUUGUUGGAUAAGAAGGCUAAAGGCUUGAAGUUAAAUCAGGUCGACAGGAAGCGAAUAAUGAAGCUAGAAGAAAAAAAGAAGUUCAAAGACGAAUUAAAUGCAAGCGUGAAAGCUGAGAUGAGUAAGUUACGGCUGACAGAGGAUGAAAACGUUGAUGAAACGAUUAAUAUUGACCCGACAUCACCUAGUCCACUUCCGGAAAAGACGAAGGAUAAAAGGGUAUCAUUCAGCGGAAAUAUGGAACGGGUGAAGGUGUUUGACAAGAAUGUGAAAGAUCUUAAAAUUAAACCUUCAUCAGCUUCACCAGGAAAAGGCAUAUUGCGAGCAAUUCCGAAAAAAGUUUCGCCCAAGAAAAAGAAGAAGAAAUCAGAAAUGCAGACGACCGAGAGUGAAGUGCUCUCUGAAACUGCUCCUGCAAUAGUCGAUCCUAGUGCAGAAAAAGAAAAUGUGGAGGAAAAAACCGAGAAGAAAUUGGAAAAACCGAAGAAGAAGAUCACAAUACAGGUGACGAAGAAGGUAAAGGAACAGCUGUUGACAAUGGAUAGGAAGCAGAGGAAAGCGUUCCUCCGGGAGCUAAAGGCCCAGAAAAACCCCAACCAUGACCGUGCUAUGGAGUGUAAGUUGUUGUGGGAAAAAAUUAGAAGUAAGAAGACUCCCAAACAAGAAAGGGAUGAACAUGUGUCGAAGCUUUUUGGACUUGUAAAGGGUUUUGCUUCAAAAUUGAUCUACACUCAUGAUAUUUCUCGAGUAUUCGAAUGUCUGCUAGCUCAGAAGAGGCCUGGUAUUACAUCAGCACUUUUUGAAGAACUUACACCUGAACUUGUUCGUAUGACGAAGAGUAAGUACGCUCACUUCUUCGUACUACGCAUGUUGAAAUACGGAACAAAAGACCAACGAGAUACGAUAAUCAACUCAUUUCGUGGUCAUGCAGUGUCGCUCAUGAGGAUUGUCUAUGCUGCUGAGGUACUUGAAGUUGCCUACAAUGAAUAUGCUAACGCGCAACAACGCUUCGAUAUCGUCUCUGAGUUCUAUGGCAAAGAAUUUGUUCUGUUCAGGGUAAAGCAGAAUUCAUACAUUCUGUCUCCUUGGAAAUAUAUGUUGAAGACAACAGUGCGCCUCUCACUUUGUCAUCGGCUCUUGAGAGAUUUCGCUAGUCAUUGCGAUCCUGAGCAGCUUACGAAUUUGAUUGACUCACUCAAGGAUAGAAUUCCCGAAAUAGUUCAUACUCCGGAUGGAUCCUGUGUUGCUAUGAAGUGUAUUUGGAAUGCCAACGUGAAGGAUAGAAAGGUGCGCAUGACAUUUUUCAUUCCCAUUCCUUAUUUAUUGACAGUGUUUACUUUUGUUACUGGAUUUGGAUUUUGA